UGGUUGAGAGAGAGGGGGUUGCGGUGGAGGAGGAGGAGGCGCCAUUUCCGAGACCGAGAUGGCGGACGCUCCUCCUGGGGUCGAAGUGCCGGAGCUCGGCAGCUGGAGCAUCCCGGAGCUGCAGGCCAAGCUCAACGAGAUCGGCUACCCGACGCAAGGUGUACGGGAGGAGCUGAUUGAGCGCCUAAAGAACUACAGUUUACAGAAUGCGGUGGUCCUGACCCGACCUCUCCGGGGUGAUGACAUGGACAAGGGGCACCAAAUGCCACCCUUGCCAGGGCAGGUGCCUGGGAUGCAGUUGCCCCCUCGUACAAUGGGGCUGUCCCGCAUGCCCCACCCCCCUGGAAUGCAGAUGGCUUUCCCCAUGGGGGUUGUCCCAGCUGGAAUGGGCCCCCGCCUCCACAUGCCCUCAGUCGAUCCAUCUGCCCUGUCCGAGGAGGAACGUCUCAAACUUGCCCAGCAGCAGGCAGCCAUCCUGAUCCAACAGGAGGAACGGGUAAAGCAGGGCGGUGAGCGGACGUUUGAUGACCAGAUCAAAGAUCAGGAGCUGCUGGAGCAGCAGAAACGGGCUGCUGCAUUACUGGAACAGGAGAGACAACAACAGGAAAUGGUGCAAAUGCACCAGGGACCCCCUGGUUCCAGACCGAUGGAGAUUGGGCCACGCCCAGCCUUAGGAGCAAGAGUUACGGCUGUACCCAUGUCCCUCGCUGCUAUACGGCCUGGCUCUGUAGCUGCCACUUCGUUAUCUGCCCCCAACCUGGGACCACGGAUUCGAGGACCUCCGCCACCGCCCGGUGAAGAGAACAGAGAGAACGAUGACGGAGGGCCUGGUCCCAGAAUUCCCCAGGUCCUGGAGAAGAUCCUACAGCUGAAGGAGCAACGCCAGGUGGAGCUCACAGCAUCAGCGGAGGCUUCAGACGAUGCCGACGCAACGGUGGGAGCCACUCUGACCCCAGCUGAUACCGAAGAGGAAGAGGUUGCAUCUUCACAGUCAAAGAAAGAGAAAAACCGUAAACGUCGCAACCGAAAGAAGAAGAAGAAAUCCCAUGGGAGUGAGGUGAAUGGAGUGGCCAAGCCAGCAGCAGCAGCGGUGACUGACACCGAAUCGGAGGUGGAGGUGGAGUAUGUGACCGCAGAGCCGGAAAUCUUUGACACCAAUUUCAUCUACUUCAAGAGGAUCUUCGAAACGUUCAGGCUGACAGACGACGUGAAGAAAGACAAGGACAAAGAGCCGGACAAAGCAGACAAGCUGGACUCGGCCGUGCUACUGAAGAAGAAGGGUUUGGAGGCAGAGCAGAAAGGCAGCAGUGAUGAAGAUGAGGAUGUAGACAGUGAUGAGGACGUGGAAAAACGUGAUGAUCUCCCAAAAUUAUCGAAGAAGAAGUUAAGGAGAUUAAACCGUUUGAGUGUGGCUGAACUGAAACAGUUGGUCGCGCGCCCGGAUGUGGUGGAGAUGCACGAUGUGACCGCCCACGACCCCAAGCUGCUGGUUCACCUGAAGGCCACCCGCAACUCUGUGCCCGUGCCCCGGCAUUGGUGCUUCAAACGCAAGUACCUGCAGGGCAAGCGCGGCAUCGAGAAGCCCCCCUUCGAGCUGCCCGAGUUUAUCCGCCGCACGGGGAUCCAGGAGAUGCGCGAGGCCCUGCAGGAGAAGGAGGAGCAGAAAACCAUGAAGACCAAAAUGAGGGAGAAAGUCCGUCCGAAAAUGGGGAAAAUAGACAUUGACUACCAGAAACUUCACGAUGCAUUCUUCAAGUGGCAGACCAAACCCAAGCUGACCAUCCAUGGUGACCUGUACUACGAGGGCAAAGAGUUUGAGACACGGCUGAAGGAGAAGAAACCUGGAGAUUUAUCCGAUGAGCUGAGAUUGGCUCUGGGAAUGCCUGUUGGAGCGAACGCCCACAAGGUCCCUCCACCGUGGCUGAUUGCCAUGCAGCGAUACGGUCCUCCUCCAUCCUAUCCUAAUCUCAAAAUCCCCGGCCUGAACUCCCCCAUCCCAGAGAGCUGUUCCUUUGGUUACCAUGCUGGAGGAUGGGGGAAGCCACCCGUUGAUGAGACGGGUAAACCGCUGUACGGCGACGUGUUUGGGACUAAUGCGCUGGAAUUUCAGGCGAAGACUGAGGAAGAGGAGCUGGAUCGGACCCCAUGGGGUGAGCUGGAACCCUCUGAUGAGGAAUCCUCGGAGGAGGAGGAGGAAGAAGAUGAGAGUGAUGAAGAUAAACCUGACGAUACUGGCUUCAUCACCCCGGCUGACAGUGGGCUCAUUACCCCCGGGGGCUUCUCCUCUGUCCCGGCUGGUAUGGAGACCCCCGAACUCAUUGAACUGCGGAAGAAGAAGAUUGAGGAAGCCAUGGAUGGCGGUGACACCCCUCAGCUAUACAUCCCAGUGCCAGAGAAACGGGCAGCAACCAUUGGGGGCGCCAUGAUGGGCUCGACACACAUCUACGACAUGUCGGCGGUGAUUAGCCGUAAAGGUCCGGCCCCUGAGACCCAGGGGAUCGAAGUGGCCCUUGCCCCUGAGGAGUUGGAACUGGACCCCAUGGCCAUGACCCAGAAAUACGAAGAGCGAGUGCGGGAGCAGCAGGCCCAGGUGGAGAAGGAGGAUUUCAGUGACAUGGUGGCUGAACACGCUGCUAAACAGAAGCAAAAGAAGAGGAAAGCCCAGCCUGCGGACAGCAGUCGGGGGACCAAGAAAUACAAGGAGUUCAAGUUCUAACUGGUGCCAAGUCACAGCCACAGCCCGCUCUCUCUCCGCCCCACCCCCACCCCCCACUUCGUUGUAUUAAAGUUUGUGAUUUUUUUUAAACA